AUGGAAGGUGAAGAAAAUCUAUUCAAACGUCUUCUACUAGAAAACGAUGAUGAAUUGGCUGAAGAAAUAAAAAAUAUUACUGGGUAUGAAUUCAAAGAUCAAAAUUUAUUAGUACAAGCCCUUACUCAUCAUUCUUACGUAGAAAAUUGUGAAUCAUCGUACGAGAGGCUUGAAUACGUUGGUGAUUCUGUUCUCAAUCUCAUGGUUGCUGAAGAACACUAUCUUUUGUACCCGGAGUUACAACCCGGCGAUUUGACCCGAUUACGAGCUGCCAAUGUUGAUACAGAGAAGCUUGCACGAGCGGCUUUGAAACACCAGCUGCACAAAUUUCUACGCCAUAAUAAACCUAUACUUGCUGGACAAAUUAAAGAAUUUGAGGAUGCAGUCAUGGAAUAUCCUUUGCAUUCUUGGGGACUGAUUGAUGUGCCGAAAGCUCUUGCAGACAUUGUCGAAUCUUUGAUCGGGGCAAUAUAUAUCGACUCCAACAGAUCGAUGAACAUAACCACCAAGAUAGCAAAGGAUUUGUUACAGCCAGUGAUCACUCCAGAAUCUAUCCAGAUGCAUCCAGUAACAAUGCUAUACGAAAUAUGCCAAAACAAAGGUUGGAAAGUUAACAUAAAAGAUAUGUGGAGUAAAAAAACUGGCGAAAUUCAAGUUUUUGUGGACGGAAAAUUUGCUGGAAGGGGAAGGAGCGAAGGCAAGAAAUUUAUUGCCGUCAAUAGAGCAGCACACGAUGCAAACCAGCAGAUUGUAAGAAGACUUGCUCAAGAAAAUGCACAGUGCAUGGCCUCCCCCAAGUUGCCGACUACUGCUGAGUUCUAG